UUGCGAUUUGUGAAAGCCGUUGUACCGUCCCUUCGUAAAUAAACGGAACUACGAUGUAUCUGAGGUGCGUUAUCCUCGUGUCUGUUGUUACAUGCUCUAUGGGCCUGGAAUUUGAAGAGCUGGGAGGAGUCGAAGCCAGCCGAGCUCAACCUUUGACACGUAGAAAGAUGGUGCACUGUUUUGACGAGAACGUAAAAUACCUUGGACCGAAGAGCUUCGAGGUUGAGAAGCACAACAGAAACGAGGAGACCAGGAUGUCGAUAACCCGUAGCAAGCGAAGGGCGAAAUGCACUGUCGAAACGACCGUCUUGAACGACGAUCCGAGCGACGGCUACGAUCGUAGCUACCAUCAUCAUCGCCAUCACAAUCCACCCCCGAAGAACUUCAACACGAAGACCUCCUACAGCGUGAGCAGAACGGUGACGUCGCCACCUGUCGAGCACAACUUCAAUACGCGACAUUCCUCCUCCUCCGCCGACAGCGAUGUCUCGUCCCAAAUCGCCCACGACUCGCAUCCAAUCCUUGAAAACCUACCGACUAUACCCCAUCUUCCGGCCAUUCCCCACAUCGGCCAUGAGGCGACUUACCCCCAUCAAGGAGGCGGCGCCGUUGAAUCGACAGAUGAAAACGAUCGCAACGCCCACGACACGGCCUUCGGGGGUCCGGAACCGGGCCCAGGGGAGAAGACGAUUACGUUCAAGACGAACACUCACCGACAGGAGAAGGUCGACCAGCGUGGAUUCGUAAGGGAGAAGACUAACGGAUAUCCGGUGCGACCGAACGAGGAUUGGAGGGCCAGGUUCAAGGACAUGCCGUUCCUCGUAGACGAAAAUGGUCGCAUCAUCGGGAAUGCUGCAAGCUCCACUUUUGAUUCCAGCUUCUUCGGUGUAAAAUUCACGUUUGUUCUUCUUCUGCAGAUCACGAUCUGGGUUUUCCUCGCAUUGUAAUUUCAGUUCCUUUCUUAUUUUGUUUCAUUUUUUUUUCCUUUUCUAUUUCUUUUCUCAAAAUUCGAGGCAUCAUGAGAGUUACAAGUUGACGUUCAGAAAUACCGUUAAUCGGUAUCACGCUCAAUAAUUACCGCAAUUUUUCUACCUGCGAGUUUUCGGUAUUCCAAUGAUCGCCGGAAUCGUCGCGGAAAUAUUUUAAUGUCUGUUAAGUUUGAUUAUAGUUCUUUAUUUUGGUUUUCAUAUAUUAUAUGUGUAUAUUAUAUAUGUAACGCGAUUACGAGUUACAGCCAUGAAAAUAUAGUUGUAUAAUUUG